CCUGGGGUUAGGGCUAGGCCUCCCUGGGUGUUCCUAGGACGCUGCCAGCUCCACCCACCUGAGACAGGACUGUGCAGAGAAGUCAGUGACUCAAAGCCAGGCCACCACGUGGCCAAGUGGGGAGUGAUGUAGCUAGAUGGGGUGGGGAGUAGAGACACCCCCAGACGCUCCCUCCCAAGUUCCAUCAGAAAGAGAAGGGAGACGCAUGGGAGAGCAGGCAGUUCAUGAAAACUUGAGGAAAGGGCUCCAACUCAAAACUGGACAAUUUGCAGAGUGGACUCUGGAGCCAGCCAGCCUAGGUCUGAGUCCGGACUCUGUUACUUACUAGUACUCCGACCUCCGCUAGGAGCAGCCAGCCCUUGAGUUCACCAUGAACUGGAGCGUCUUUGAGGGGCUCCUGAGUGGAGUCAACAAGUACUCCACAGCCUUUGGUCGCAUCUGGCUGUCUCUGGUCUUUGUCUUCCGUGUGCUGGUGUACCUGGUGACAGCUGAGCGCGUGUGGGGGGACGACCAGAAGGAUUUUGACUGCAACACCAGGCAGCCCGGCUGUACCAAUGUCUGCUACGACGAGUUCUUCCCCGUGUCCCACGUGCGCCUCUGGGCUCUGCAGCUCAUCCUAGUCACGUGCCCCUCUUUGCUUGUGGUCAUGCAUGUGGCCUAUCGAAAGGCUCGAGAGAAGAAGUACCAGGAAAAAGUUGGCAAAGGAUGCCUUUACCCGAACCCCGGCAAGAAGCGGGGCGGACUCUGGUGGACAUACGUCUUCAGCCUAUCUUUCAAGGCCGCCAUAGAUAUUAUCUUCCUCUACCUCUUCCACGCAUUCUAUCCUAGAUAUACCCUCCCUUCUAUGGUCAAGUGCCAUUCGGCGCCCUGUCCCAACACAGUGGACUGCUUCAUCGCCAAGCCCUCUGAGAAAAACAUCUUCAUUGUCUUCAUGUUGGUCACGGCCAUCAUCUGCAUCCUGCUUAACCUUGUGGAGCUGAUCUACCUGGUGAUUAAGCGGUGUUCUGAGUGUGCCCAGCAGAGGAGAGCACUCACUGCAGACUCGAAGAAUGACCCAAACUGGGCCAACUCUUCCAGCAAAGAGAAGGACCUCCUCUCGAGCAACCUCAUCUUUCUGGGCCCGGACACUCACCCGCCUCUGUUACCAGACCGCCCUCGAGCCUACGUGAAGAAAACCAUUCUGUGAAGGGUCCCUAGACUGGACUGGCAGGGUGGGCAUGAACUGGAAGGUUCCAGAAUUUCUCACGGAUGUUGCUGGUGGGGAGAAGAGCUGAGUUUGCGUGGGAGGCAGGCAAAAGGGGGGACUCCCACCACUUGGGAUCCCAAUUGUCCCUCCCGGCUGACUGGCCUUCGCUGAAUUACCCCUCUGCUCUCUGUACCUCGGUUUCCUUUUCUGUUAAAUAAACACACUGAGUGCCACUUAACUGGGCUCCUGGGAGGGGAGUUUCACAAAGGCACAGACAAGCAAAA